ACCGCGCUGUAAGAGAACUGGUCUUAGUAGCACGGGUAGGCCUGGACCACACUACUGUUGACUGGGAUUUUGACUCAGCCAACAGUGAAAUCCUGGACAUGGAAUCUAUACUCCCCUUCACACAUCAGGACAACCUUGUUGAGGACAUCUUCUGACAGUACUAGCAAACCACAGUUGACCAAUUCCCUUCCCAAAAAGGCUGACUUUUUCUAGUUCUAUGGUACACUGUACCAGGUGGGAGGAGGCAACGCUGCUAAGCAACACACAACUCGAGACAGCUGUGAUUUCCAGCUUGUCGUUUUGGCAGUAUACUAACAGCAGUGUCAAAAGCAGUAAUGUCCACAAGCAAGGAACAAGCAGCUAUCAGUAAAGUUCUGAGUUUCCUUCAAGAGUGGGAUCAUGGCAACAAGACGGUGCGCAGCCGCAUGCUGACCGUGUUUGUGACUCAAAACACUGGAAAGACGUGUCCUGAGUUAGAACUGGAAUUCGCACAGGUUGCCAGUCUCUUUCUGGCUCGGCUCACCGCCUGGAUGAGGCUGACCUACAUGUUCGGAACAUGCUUAGGUCUUCAACUGAAAGCAGUUGGAGUGUUCCUCUCUGCAGCUAGCAAUCAUCGUUAUCUCAUAGAGUUCCUGGAGGUUGGAGGGGUCCUAACCCUCCUGGAGAUCUUAGGUCAGAAACAGACCAAGGAGGAGGACAAGGCAGAGGCCAUUCGGCUGCUUCAGAUAGUCUCCAACGCUGGACGCAAGUACAAAGAGCUAAUCUGCGAAAGCUAUGGUGUGAGAGCCAUUGCAGAGUGUCUGGCCAAGUCCAAGACAGAGGGGACCCAAGAGACAGCACGGGCCCUGUUGGAGUCCCUGGCCCAUGGAAACCCCAAAUACCAGAACCAGGUGUACAGAGGUCUGAUUGCCCUGCUGACCUGUAUCUCGCCCAAGGCCCAGCAACUGGUCUUGCAGACCCUCCGCAUAGUACAAGACAUAGUGAAGGAAGCCCACCCCAGCAUCGUGGGACCUCUGUUGAAUUUGUUGAGGUCCCUGCAUUUGGAGGUGCAAUAUGAGGCUAUCGAGCUGAUCACAGAUCUCAGGCAGUAUGAGGUCAGACCGAUGCUGCUCACAGGUCUCGUAGAUCUGCUCAAACCGGCUAUGGAGGGAGUGCAGACAUACAAGAUCCUGGAAGACCCAGAAAUGACCAAGAUGACUGAAUCCCUGCCAGUGUAUGUCCAACAAGCUGCGGCAGCCAAAGCUUUAAGGUUGCUUGCUCAGGGGAGUCAGGAGCUGUCCCAGCAACUGCUUCCUCUCAGAGUGGUGCACCACUUGAUGUAUGCUAUGGGAAACCAGGAGCAUGCUGACGCCCAGAGACAAGCCAGCCUGGCGCUGGAGCAUUUUGUCCGUACAUACCCAGUGGUGGAGGAGCAUGUACGCAGAACCAUGGGUAUCAAUCUGUUUGCAGCCUUCAUGCACAAACCUGAGACUUUCUACAUGACGAUGGAUGAAAUUCAAGCAGAUAUCCUGCUAUCAAAUAAAGUCAACAUUUCGGAAGUUUUGGAGCACCAGAGCUCAGAAGACUGAACCAGACAAAGUACAGGCAUGCCAUUUUGUAUAAUAAUAGUUUACACUUUAUUUUCAUGUUACAGUAAAAUAAAUCAAUAAAAAUAACAAAGUAUUCAGCCCAUAUUAUUGUUUUUUAACCGAUUUGCUUAGCAACUGUAACCAUGAGAAAUGCCUUUCAAAUGAAGAGAAUAAGUGGUUUAGCCUGGGUACCAGUGUUUAUAGCUAAUACUCCACUUCUUGCUUGCACUGCUGUCAUUUGCCAAAGAGACUUGUCUUUCUUCAAAUAUGAACAUUCUAUCAUAAAUGAGCUCAAGGAGAUAAGGAUUUGGUCCUGAUUCCAUAACGUUCAGUGCUAUCCGGAAUCAUUUGGACAUCCCUACCCUAAACCUUAACUCCUACCUUAACCAUAACCUAACCUUUACCUUAAUCAUUUUAAAUUUACAUUUGGGGUGUGUUCGUAAAUUAAAUCUGGAGGGCCAGAGUGCGCUCAGCGCGUUUUUAAAUUCAGAGCGCUGUCAAGCGGUUCUGGAGUGCCAAGUCUAGGACAAAAAAGCUUCUUAACAGUUUUUAC